UGUUCCGAAUUCGGCUUCCUGCUGGAAGUUGGGGCCGGGGGAAAGCGAAUGUGGCAUCCCGGGUUCCGAAACCAAAUCUCAGUUUGACCAAGAGGAAGCCAGCCUCGUCCUGUAGGUGGGCAGAGUCCGCAAUGGCAAGCCUGAGUGUGUGUGAGAGAGAUCACGGGGAGAUGAAGUGUGCGGCUGGAUCCGGGGGGAGCUGAACGACAGAGAAACUGCGAGGAGUUGGCUUCAAAGAGAUAGGAACCAAGAAGAGGACUGGUCACAUUCAGGAGUUUUAAAUCAUGGCCUAUGUGAUGACGUUCAGAGAUGUGGCUAUAGAUUUCUCUCCAGAAGAAUGGGAAUGUCUGAGCCUGGAACAGAGACUCUUAUACAGAGAUGUGAUGUUGGAGAACUACAGCCAUCUUGUCUCAGUAGGACUUUGCAUUUAUCAACCGCAUGAGUUUCCCGUGUUGGAAAAAGAACAAGAUGCCUUCAUGGAUUUGGGUAGUGAGACCAGAAGAUUCUGCCCAGAUAUAGAUCCCACGUGGCAGACGAACAAAGUCCUACCGAAAAAUAGCACCUGUGCAAGACAGUUAUCCCGUUGGGAAGUAAUGGAAACGGAUACAAACCACAGCCUUGAAGGGUUGUGUCCUGGAGCUGACUGGGAAGGCACAGGUCAGGUUCCAACACCAAGGGAGAAUCAGGAAGGAUGCUUCAAGCAAAUGACACUCACCCAUGAAAGAUUGCUCAGGGCUUUUAAUCGGUGUCCAAGACCGGAUGCAGAAGAGAAAGCAAGGGACUUUAAGUCUGAAAAACCCUUUAGUUUUUCUGCAGACCCCACUCAACCUCACUUAAUUUACGCUGGUGAGCAAUCUGAGGAAGAUAAAGACUGUGGGAAGACCUUGCCUCCCGGCUCUAAGCUUCCUCGCUGUCGAGCAGUUCAUACUGGCCAGAAAGCAUUCCAGUGUGAGGAAUGUGGCAAGACUUUUAGUUUCCGUUCUAGUCUGACUGGUCACAAGAGAAUCCACACUGGGGAAAAGCCUUUUAAGUGUAAGGAGUGUGGGAAGGCCUUUAGAUUCCACUCACUCCUCAGUGUCCACGUUCGCGCUCAUACUGGGGAGAAAUCCUACGAAUGUAAGGAAUGUGGAAAGUACUUUAACUACAGCUCAGACCUCACUCGACAUCACAGGAUUCACACCGGGGAAAAGCCCUAUCAGUGUCGGGAAUGCGGAAAGGCUUUCAGCUGUGGCUCAGACCUCACCCGCCACGAGAGAAUUCACACUGGGGAGAAGCCCUAUGAAUGUAGUGAGUGUGGGAAGGCCUUUAUUCAGCAGUCACACCUCAUUAAGCACCAGAGAAUCCACACCGGCGAAAAACCUUACAUCUGCAAGGAGUGUGGGAAAGCUUUUACAUGUGGCUCGCAGUUAAGUCAACAUAAGAAAAUUCAUACUGGUGAUAAGUUACAUAAAUGUAAAGAAUGUAAAAACUCUUUUAGUUUCGCCUUAGAUCAUACUCAACGACAGUUAAUUUACAUUGGGGAGAAGUUCUUUGAAGAUAAAGAAAAUGGGAAGACAUUUUUUCCAGAUUCAGAGCUUACUCAGUGUCAGACAGUUCAUGCUGGUAAGAAAAUAUACGAAUGUAAAGAGUGUGGUAAGGCUUUUAGUCUGCGUUCCAUUGUCAGCAGUCUUAAGAAAAUUCAUAACAGGGAGAAACUUUUUAAAUGCAAGGACUGUGAGAAGGCCUUCCGUUGUCCCUCAGACCUCUCUCGCCAUCAGAAGAUCCACACUGGCGAAAAGCCCUAUAAGUGUAAGGAAUGUGGGAAGGGAUUUAUUUGCAGAUCAGACCUUGGCCGACAUCAGAGAGUUCACACUGGUGUAAAGCCUUACGUAUGUAAGGAGUGUGGAAAAGCCUUCACUCGCGGUGCACACCUAACUCAACAUCAGAAAAAUCACAGACUUAAAACAAUUCAUAUUAGGGAGAAACGCUUUCAGUGUAAGGAAUGCCCAAAGGCCUUUAGAUACAGCUCCGAGCUCACGCGACAUCAGAGACUACAUACCGGUGAGAAGCCCUAUAAAUGUCAGGACUGCUGGAAAGCAUUUGCUUCUGCCUCAGACCUUGCCCGGCAUCAGAGGAUCCACACUGGUGAGAGGCCUUAUGAGUGUAACGAAUGUGGAAAAGCCUUUAUUCAGCAGUCACAUCUCAUUAAACAUCAGAGAAUUCACAACGGAGAGAAACCAUAUACAUGUGAGGGAUGUGGAAAAGCCUUCAGGCGAGCCUCACACCUCGCUCAGCAUCAGAGUGUUCACACUGGUGAGAAACCCUAUGAAUGUGAGCAGUGUGGGAAAGCCUUCAGUCGUGAUUCUCAGCUAAGUCUUCAUGAAAGACUUCAUACCGGUGAGAAACCCUAUGCGUGCAAGGAAUGUGGAAAGGCUUUUACUCAAAGCUCCCAACUUAUUUUACACCAUAGGAUUCAUACUGGUGAAAAGCCAUAUAAGUGUGAAGAAUGUGGGAAAACCUUUAUUCGAAGCUCACAACUAAGCCGACAUCAAAAAGUCCACACUGGUGAGAAACCCUUUGAAUGUAAAGAAUGUGGAAGGGCCUUCACCCAGAAUUCGCAGCUUACCCUGCACCAGAGACUCCAUACUGGAGAGAAGCUGUAUGACUGUAAAGAAUGUAGGAAGGUCUUCACUCAGCUUUCCCAGCUCAUUCUCCAUAGAAGAAGUCACACUGGUGAGAAACCCUAUGAAUGUAAAGAGUGUGGGAAGGCUUUUGUGUGCGGUUCACAGCUUUCACAGCAUCAGAAAAUUCAUAGUGGAGAAAAGCCAUAUGAAUGUGAGGAAUGUGGAAAGGCUUUUAUUCGAGGCUCACUACUUAUGCAACAUCAAAGAAUUCACACUGGUGAAAAACCCUACAAAUGUGAUGAAUGUGGAAAGGCUUUUAUCCGUGGUUCCCAACUUACUCAACAUCAGAGGAUCCAUACUAAUGAAAAGCCUUAUGAAUGUAAAGAAUGUGGAAAGACCUUCAGUCAUGGCUCACAACUCACUCAACACCAGAGAAUCCAUACUGGUGAGAAACCCUAUCAAUGUAAGGAGUGUGGGAAAGCCUUUAAUCGUGGAUCACUCCUUACUCGACAUCAGAGGAUUCACACUGGUGAAAAACCCUAUGACUGUAAAGAGUGUGGAAAAAACUUCAGUCGGGGCUCAGAACUUACUCAGCAUGAGAGAAUCCACACUGGUGAGAAACCCUAUGAGUGUAAGGAGUGUGGGAAAUCUUUUAUUCGUGGCUCACAGCUUACUCAACAUCAAAGAAUUCAUACUGGGGAAAAGCCCUAUGAAUGUAAGGAGUGCAGAAUGGCCUUCACUCAGAGCUCACAUCUUUCUCAACAUCAGAGACUUCAUACCGGCGAGAAACCGUAUGUGUGUAGCGAAUGCGGCAAAGCCUUCGCUCGUGGAUUACUACUCAUACAACACCAGAGAAUUCACACUGGUGAGAAACCGUAUCGGUGUAGGGAAUGUGGCAAGGCCUUCAUUCGUGGUUCACAACUCACUCAACACCAGCGGACUCACACUGGAGAAAAACCUUAUGAAUGCAAGGAAUGCGGGAAGGCCUUUGGUCAUGGCUCGCAACUUACUCUCCAUCAGAGAAUUCAUACAGGUGAGAAGCCCUAUGAAUGCAAAGAAUGUGAGAAGGCCUUCACUCAGAGCUCGCAUCUUUCUCGGCACCAGCGAAUUCACACUGGUGAGAAACCCUAUCAGUGUAAAGAAUGUGAGAAGGCCUUUACGCGCGGGUCACAAUUAAUGCAACAUCAGAGAAUGCAUAACAAUGACAAAUCUUUUGAUUGUAAAGAAUGUGGAAUAGACUUCAAUCAUCAUUCACAAUUUUUUAUUUGAGUUAACUUAUUCUUUUUGAUUAGCAAAGCUUUUCCUGAUCAUUAUCAGUGAAGAAUUCUUACAAAUGUAAAUAUAGGACUCAUGAGGUUCAGCAUUUGAAAAGUUAUAUGGAAGACUAGAAAUGCUGAUAUAAUCCACAUAUGAAAGUCUUUUGUUUAUAACUGUACUGCAUUUUAGCAAAUUACAAUAAAAAGUGAUUCUGUUACUGUGGUAUAGAAAGGUCUUUAGCAUAGAAAAUAUUUGUAUCAUUGUUAUUGUGGUCCUAUCAGUUCAUUUCCUUUAUGACUUUUUCUUAUAAGUAACCUUGCUUUGAUUUAAUCAUUGUAAGGUAGAUCUCAGACUAAUUUUUUUCAUAUCAUGUUUAAUCAUGUAAAAGCACUUAGAACAGUGCCUUGAACAGAUCAUAUAAUAAGCAUGUGUUUGAUUUGUCACAAAGUUCCCACACUUAUGUUUCACCAUCUUUGGUGUCAACUCAAGAAUAUUAUUUAUAAAGAAUGAGCUGAAUACUCAGGAUAAAUCUAGGAAAUAAAAAAUAACUUGAAUAUGUAGUUUGUUAACUGAAAGUUAAAAGCUACACCUAUAGAUUACAUUUCAUUUACAAUGAAAAAACUGAUGUGUUUGUAUCAGAGACUGAUGCUCUGCCCAAUUUUCAUUUCCCUUUCAGUCACAAAACCCUAGACAAGUAAAACCUAUCUCAGUCUCCAUAUCAGGUAAACAAGAUGUAUUUGUAUGAGUAGAAUAUUUAAGAAAUCCUUCCUCUCUGUUUCUUUUCCCUUCUUAACACUGUAGGCAUCUGAGGUGGAGCCCAGAUAGCCUCAUGAGGAUUCUGGAAAUAGUAUCUGGGUGUUAUGGAUGGUGGAGUCUGCAACCCUACUGAUUUUGUGAACAGUCAUUCCAACUCUGUUCUAUGUAUUUCUUUAUUGUAAAUUAAAGUAACCCUCAUGCUUGA